AAGGCGAGCAACAUGCAGUCUGGCACCGGUAACCUAAGGGAAUGACACACUACCUCUAAUUCCUGAUGGCUUUUUCUCCUCCUCCCACUGAGAGGUAAUAAAAGGAAUCUGCAGAACCUCAAGAGGAUUGUUUACACUUGGAUGCUGUUGGGGAAAGACAUCCAGUCAUUGAGAGAAGACUAGGGAGAGUUAGAAUUGUACUAACUUUGUUUUUAGCUACAGAACUCCACGAUGAAAAUGCUGAAUGUGGACUUGCUAGUUUUAAGUUUCUGCCUUGGUCUGGGGACAGGAUACGCUGCUGUGGGUAAGAGACAGUAUCAGAUCCAAAAUGGGCCAUGUAGCUACACCUUUCUGUUGCCAGAGCAGGAAAACUGCCAAACCCAGAGCAGCAACUACAACUAUCCAGUUCAAAAGGAUGGACCUGUGGACGACGAGUCCGCUCAAAGGCUGGAACAACUGGAGAUCACCAUGGAGAACAACACACAGUGGCUGCUUAAGCUAGAGAACUACAUACAGGACAGCAUGAAGCAGGACAUGGUCCAGAUCCAACAGACCGCUGUACACAACCACACAGCUACAAUGAUUGAAAUUGGAACAAACCUGUUGAGUCAAACUGCAGAGCAAACAAGGAAACUGACCAAUGUGGAGGCACAGGUAAUUCAUCACACAACUCGACUGGAGCGUAAACUUCUUGAAAAUUCCUUGUCAACCAACAAGUUGGAAAAACAACUGAUUGUCCAAACAAAUGAAAUCAACAAGCUGAAUGACAAAAACAGCUUUCUGGAGAAAAAGGUGGGGGAGAUGGAGGUGCAAAGGCAAAUGGAGCUGAAGAUGCUUCGAGAUGAAAAGGAGCAGCUUCAAUCUCUAAUACUGAGGCAGACGGUCAUCAUAGGCGAGUUGGAGCAGCAGCUGCUCAAAGUCUCCUCCAACAACACUGUACUGCAGCAUCAGCAGCAGGAGCUACUGGACACCGUGAACAAUCUCAUUCACACCAUUGCUGUCGGCUCAGCUCGAGAGAGCAAAACUGUCAUGAUGCAGGACACCCCUACCACCUUCCUGGACUGUGCUGUGGUCUUCAAGUCAGGAAACACCCAAAGUGGAGUCUAUACUCUCACAUUACCCAACACUACAGUAGAGGUGAAGGCUUUCUGUGACAUGGAGACAGAAGGAGGUGGCUGGACAGUACUACAAAAACGCUUUGACGGCCGUGUUGACUUUCACCGUACGUGGCAGGAGUACAAAAAGGGGUUUGGAGAACCUUCAGGUGAAUUCUGGUUAGGAAAUGAAUUUGUCUCCAGACUGACAAUUCAACAGUCCUACAGACUAAGGAUCCAGCUGAGUGACUGGGAAGGAAACUCUGGAUUCUCACAAUACGACCAGUUUUCUCUUGACAGCGAAGCACAAAAUUACAGGAUACACCUUAAAGGCUACAGUGGAACAGCAGGCAAAAUAAGCAGCAUUGGGCAGCCAGGAAGUGAUUUCAGUACAAAGGAUGCAGACAACGACAAAUGUGUUUGCAAAUGUUCACAACUGACAACAGGGGGUUGGUGGUUUGACGCCUGUGGUCCGUCCAAUUUGAAUGGGAUGUAUUAUCAACAAGGCCAAAACUCAAAUCGUUUCAAUGGAAUCAAAUGGUACUACUGGAAAGGCUCGGGCUACUCACUGAAGUCCACCACAAUGAUGAUCAGACCAGCAGACUUCUCAGGUUCCCUUUGACUGUCACUUUCAGAUUAAACAGAGUGGGAAGAAAAUUCUGCCUGACAAACAGCAACAAACAACAAAACCAAAAAUAAAAAUUCUCAAGGGAGCCAAAGCACUUCAUGAAAAUAUUUUUACAUACCUUUGGAAAGACAUAUUUUUUGCAUGUUUAUAUGUUUAAUAAUUUGAAUCAAAUGGGUUGUUGCAAAAAAAAUAUGAAAUUUAUACUGAAAAUAUGACUGUGGUGUGUAUAGAUAACUGUAGGUAUAGUAAUUACAUUGAGUAAUAACAGCUAGCUAACCAGACAGGAGAGGCCAGAGUACAAUGUGACAUUAAUUAAUUUAAUUUCUUGAAUGGGUUUUUAUGUAGUUUAAGCACCCUUUCAACUCUGUUUCGAAUAAUAGCUGCUUGUGUCAUUGUAAAACAGACUAUGGUACAACAUGCAGAUAAACAACUGUUCCAAAGCGACUGCUAUGAGUUCUUUGAAAAGUUUCUGUUGACUGCCUAAAAUGUAACUACAAAUGUAAAAAUGCCACAGAAAACGUUUGUCUGAAGAUAACACUGUUUUUCUCCAGAGAAUGUAUGUACAUGUGUUGUUUAAUUUAUAUGUAGAUUUUAAGGUUGAUAUUUAACAUUAUUGUAUAUGAUGAGAUAUGAUGAGAUUUGUCACAAAUGUUCAGUGCUAGCUUCUAGCUAGUUAACAAUUUCAUUGCACAUAAACUAAGAGGAAAUCUUUUAAUAUAAUUCUGCAGUACCUUCCCACAUGCUCAUGCAGGAUGGUGAGCUUUUUGCAGUCCACUGGGAACGUAUUUUUUUAACUUAUGUAAUGUUUCUUUGAAAAUUAUGAGAAGCAGAAUAUGAGAAAGCUGUAUGAGUGAGGAAGCUGAAUUUCUCACAAGUAAACACUGGCUUUAGAUCUUUAGCUCUUAAGACCUGGCUUUAGAGUGUUUCACUGUAAUGCUCUACCAGCUGUUAUAUACCUGAAGUUGAAUAUUAAACACAACCACAAGGCAGAGAACUUGAGACAUGAGCCUUAAGUCUUAAGUCCUUUUCCACAAUAGUCCUGUUCUACUGUGACAAUGAACUGCCUGGUGAAUGCACAAUUGACAUUUAUCAUUUCUAGUACAAAAUAAAAAUUCUACA